UGGCGCCAAGGGAGAGCCGGAAGAGGAAGCAAGGUUUAACUUUCCUUCCACAGAAAGCCAGGGGACUGCCAAGAAUUUCUGUUUGACUGUCUUGUGGUGGGAGUAAAUUUCCAGGAGCAAAAGGCAGGUGUAUCUUCUGGAGGAAUGGCUGGCUCACACAGAUUUUAUCAAGUCCUGGGCAUUUAGCUGCAUUCCUUGAAGAAGUGUGUCAUUGGAUGAGUUGACUUUUUGAAUGUUACGAGAAGAAGACAACCUAAGGACUGGUGCUAAAAAGCAGGCAGAGAGGCACAAAACAGGUUUCUUUGGAAAGGAAAUGGCUGCAAUACAAGAAAGAGGGUCCACUGGAUUUCUGGGUCCAGUAAUAAAAAUGGAGGUGGAGGAUUCAAUAGGUCCUGAAUCAGAAGAGGCCAAAGUAGGAGCACCUCUACCAAAAGGGGGAAGUGGUGGAGGAGAAUCAGAACAAACAGUAAAACAGGAGUCAGAAGAAGAGCCAUCAAGGAUCUGGGAUGCUCAGCUGGAAAAGUUUCUGAGAACACUACAGUCUCCUCCUUCUGGAGGGGAGACGCUCCAACAAUCUCACCCUCAGGAGCUUCAGACAAUGACUAUGGAUGAUGAAAGCCAUCUGGAUGCCACACAUUCUGGGAAAGAGGAAACAGCAGGUAAAGGUGCUGUUGAGUUGGAGAUACAGCGCCAGCAUUUUCGGAUGUUGAUCUACCAAGAAGCCGAAGGGCCCCGAAACUUCUGGGGGAAUCUCCGGAAACUCUGCCAGAAGUGGUUGGUGCCGGAGAGACGCACCAAGGAACAGAUCUUGGACCUGGUGACGCUGGAGCAGUUCCUGGCUGCCCUGCCCCCAGAUAUGCAGAAAUGGCUGAGGGGGCACUGUCCACAAACCUGCUCCCAGGCUGUGGCCCUGGCAGAGGAUUUCCUUUUGAUGCAUCAAGGGCCCAAAGACUGGGAAGGGCAGAUCACAGAGGUGUUCAAAAAAGAGUUUGUAGAUCCCCCUGAAGCAAAGGACCCAAACAUGGAACUUCUAAUCAAGGAUGAGUACAAAGGUGCUGGGAGUGAACAUGUGUUGGAUGGUGGUGCAGGGCUGACUGAAAGUGAGGAGCUAAACCCCCAACAUGGGACUACAGAAGGUAUGGAGCAACUGAUAACAUCUACAACAACGGACAAAAAAAACAGUUUUCUAUGUCAGAGUGAACCUGAUCAGAGCAAGGAUAGGGCUUACAAAGACAAUGGAAAUUUCAAGGGGGAGGUGGAGGAUCCAGUUGUUUCAUCACAAGGUGUGGGCCAAAAUAUCUGCGGAGAUAAACAAGAGAAAUAUGACAAAAAUGGCCAGGACUCUCACCUGAUCAUUCAGGAAGAUCCUGAUGUCGAGGAGAAGAGAUAUACAUGUUGGAAUUGCGGCGAAAGCUUCAGUAGCAGUUCAGAUCUUAUGACCCACGAGAGAGCCCACGUGGGCGAGAAAAUGUAUAAAUGUUCCCACUGUGGGGAAUUUGAGAGAACCCACAAAAACCAGGUGCCGUGUCGGUGUUCCCACUGUGGAAAUACAAGUUGGUGGAACCAAAAAGACGAAACCCAAGCAGAAGACAAAACCUACACAUGUUCAAAAUGUGGGAAACAGUGGGGUCGGAAAUCAGACCUUUUAAAGCACGAAAGAAUACACAGAAGGUGUUCGUUCUGUGGGUUGACUUUUUUAAAAGAUGCCUCUCUCGAAUUGCACCAGAGAAUCCACACAGGAGAGGAAGCGUAUACAUGUCUGAACAGCGGGGAGUCUUUGAUAUCGCACACAAAAGUAUGCUCCCACUGUGGGAAAGGCUUCAGUCAGAAAACAGAACUUGCCGAACACGAGAAGACCCAUGCAACCACAGGCAUGUUGGUGCCUUUUGAAGUCAGUUCAGAACUAGUUGCACGGGUACAAACGCACGCAGAGAAACCAUUAGAAUGCUCAGUCUGUGGGGAAACAUUUAAGAACAUUUUGCAGCACAUUGCACACCAAAAGGUCCAUAAAGUCAAGAAGCAGCACAAAUGUUCCAGCUGCGGAAAAAGCUUUACCCAGGGAAAGAGUCUUACUCUUCAUAAGAGAAUCCACGCGAGAGAAAAACCACACAAGGAAAGGAAACUGUAUACAUGCUUCCACUGUGACAAAACCUUCAGGUGGAGGUACGAUCUUGUAGUACACGAGUUAAUUCACACAGAAGAAAAUCCCUUUAAAUGCUCCGAUUGCGAGGAAUGUUUCAAUAGCCAAUCCAGUCUUCUCGAACAUUCAAGAAGUCACACAGGACCAAGUCUGUUGAGCUGCUCGUACUGUGGGAAAAUGUUCACCUCAAGCUCUGUUCUUCUACGACAUCAGAAAUUCCAUGUCGCAGAGGAUGUUCGUACUUGUUCACAAUGUGGGAAAGCUUUCAAGCAACAACUAGGCAAAGCAGAAGGGGAGGCGCAGGAAUGUCCAGAGUGCACCAGAAGCCAUGAACUGAAUUCAAAUCAGGUAUAAUAAUAAAUUCAAUAUAUUGUCAAAGGCUUUCAUGGCUACAAUCAAUGGGUUGUUGUGAGUUUUCCGGGCUGUCUGGGCUUGUUCCAGAAGCAUUCUCUCCUGACGUUUCACCUGCAUCUAUGGCAGGCAUCCUCAGAGGUUGUGAGGUCUGUGGGAAACUAGGAAAAUGGGGUUUAUAUAACUUAAGCUUAAGUGGCUGAGGGGGAAAAGUAAAGGGCCUGAGGCUGUUAGGAAUGGUGGGAGUUGAAGCCCAAAACACCCAGAGGGCCAAAGUUCACCCAUGCCUGGUCUUGAACCCCAGCUGUUCUGUGGAUGUAUGCAUUUAGAAAGCCAGGUCCUUCCAUAGUUUCAGGCUGGCCAACAAGCACAAUUUGAGUUUGUUUGUUUUUUUAGAAAUUAGGGUAAGAAAAUGUUUUGGGCAGCAACUUCCCUUCAUAGCAGGCUGUCUUGCCAGUUUUAGGAGUUGUGUAGAUGAAAAUGUCUGGAAGGGCAAUAUUUUGCACUCUUACCUUUGUGGUUCGGAAAUGUCCAUUCCAAAUAUGGAAUGGCUUUAUUGUUAAUCACUGGAAUUUUGGAAAUUUUCCUUCUUUUUUCUUUGUUACUGAAUAAAGUUUGGUUUUGAAAAAUGAACUAUGUCUCUGAAUCCUUUCUUGUAACUCU